AUGGGCACGGCCUCGUCGCUCGUGAGCCCCGCGGGGGAGGUGAUCGAGGACACGUACGGGGCCGGCGGCGGCGAGGCCUGCGAGAUCCCCGUGGAGGUGAAGCCCAAGGCCCGCCUGCUGCGCAGCUCGUUCCGCCGGGGCGCGGGGCCCGCGGGGGCGGCCGGGCCGGGGUCCCUGCCCCGCGCGGCGGGCGGCGGCGGCGGCGGCGGCGGCGGAGGAGGCGGAGGGCUGCUGGGCGCCAGCUUCAAGUCCACGGGCUCGUCGGUGCCGGAGCUCGAGUACGCGGCGGCCGAGCUCGAGCGGCUCAAGAAGGAGUACGAGAUCUUCCGGGUCAGCAAGAACCAGGAGGUGCUGUCCAUGGGCCGCCGCGAGGCCAAGCUGGACACGGAGAACAAGCGGCUGCGCGCCGAGCUGCAGGCACUUCAGAAAACGUAUCAGAAGAUUCUCCGAGAAAAAGAAAGUGCCUUAGAAGCAAAAUACCAAGCAAUGGAGAGAGCAGCUACAUUUGAACAGGACCGGGAUAAAGUGAAAAGACAAUUCAAGAUUUUCAGAGAGACGAAAGAGAAUGAAAUUCAGGACUUACUGAGAGCCAAGCGAGAGCUGGAGAGCAAACUUCAGAGACUCCAAGCUCAGGGGAUCCAAGUAUUUGACCCUGGGGAGUCUGAUUCAGACGACAGCUGCACAGAUGUUACUGCUGCUGGCACCCAGUGUGAAUACUGGGCUGGGGGAGCCCUGGGCAGUGAGCCUUCCCUCGGGAGUAUGAUCCAGCUCCAGCAGUCCUUCCGGGGGCCCGAGUUUGCACACAGCUCCAUCGACGUGGAGGGACCCUUCGCCAACAUCAACAGAGAUGACUGGGACGUUGCUGUGGCCAGUUUGUUGCAAGUGACUCCCUUGUUCUUGAACUGUCUGUGGAGUAACUCUGUCAGGUGCUACCUCCUCUACACUGAUGAGACACAGCCUGAAGUGGAUCUUUUCCUUAAGGACUAUGCCCCUAAACUCAAAAGAAUGUGUGAGACCAUGGGGUAUUUUUUCCAUGUUAUUUAUUUUCCAAUUGAUGUUGAAAAUCAAUACCUCAUCAUAAGAAAAUGGGAAAUUGAGAAGAGUUCUUUAGUUAUUUUGUUUGUCCAUUCAACAUUACCAAGCUUUUUAUGGGAAGACUGCGAAGAUGCUUUUCUCAAAAACUCUGAAGGGAAACCACGAUUGAUUUACCAUCUCUUGGAAGACGGGAAAGUCAGUUCCAACUCUGUCCAGCAAUUGAUUGAGCAGGUUUCUAAACUAAACAAGACCAGCAAAGCCAAGAUCAUUGAUCACUCAGGAGAUCCCGCUGAGGGAGUGUAUAAAACUUACAUUUGUGUGGAGAAGAUCAUUAAGCAGGACAUACUGGGCUUUGAAAACACAGACUUGGACGCUACAGAGCUAGGCAGCGAAGGUUCCAUCACAGACGAAGAUGAUCUGGGGGAUGUCCUCUGGGACAUACACGACGAACAAGAGCAGAUGGAAGCUUUUCAGCAGGCUUCUAGUUCAGCCCAUGAACUGGGAUUCGAGAAAUAUUAUCAACGUCUUAAUGACCUAGUGGCGGCUCCAGCCCCGAUUCCACCCCUUCUGGUGUCUGGAGGACCAGGUUCUGGCAAGUCCCUUCUUUUAUCCAAGUGGAUUCAGCGGCAGCAGAGCAACUCCCCCAGUACCCUGAUCCUCUCUCAUUUUGUGGGGAGGCCCAAGUCCACCAGCUCCGAGGCCACCUUGAUCAUUAAGCGGCUGAUGCUUAAGCUGAUGCAACAUUCCUGGGCAGUAUCUGCACUGACGCUGGACCCUGUGAAGCUUCUGGAAGAAUUUCCACGUUGGCUAGAAAAGCUCUCAGCACGCCACCAGGGCAGCAUCAUCAUCGUUAUCGAUUCUAUAGAUCAGGUGCAGCAAGUAGAAAAGCACAUGAAAUGGCUGAUAGAUCCUCUGCCUGUGAAUGUCAGAGUCGUGGUUUCUGUGAAUGUGGAAACCUGUCCUGCAGCGUGGAGGUUGUGGCCUACACUUCAUCUCGACCCUUUAAGUCCUAAAGAUGCAAAAUGUAUUAUACUGGCAGAAUGUCAGUCUGUGGACAUCAUGCCAAGCAAAGAACAGGAGCAGCAACUGGAAAGGCACUGUCGCUCUGCUACCACCUGCAAUGCCCUUUACGUCACUCUUCUUGGCAAAAUGAUGGCGCGCGCUGGGAGAGUGGGCAGCCUAGACACAACCCUUCCCCAGUGUCUCCAGUGUGAAGACACCGUGUCCUUAUACAGGCUCAUUCUCCGCUCCAUCCAGGACUCCCUGGCAAACGAGGGCGACAGAGAGCUCAUGAGACAGAUUCUCUGCCUGGUCAGUGUUAGCCACAAUGGCUUGAGUGAGUCAGAACUGAUGGAGCUGUAUCCUGAGAUGACCUGGGCUGUCUUGACCUCCCUGGUCCACAGUUUGCACCAAAUGUGUCUGUUGACUUACGGUUGUGGGUUGCUUAGGUUUCAGCAUCUGCAGGCCUGGGAGACGGUGAGAGUGGAGUACAUGGAAGGCCCCCAUGCCAUCUCUUCCUAUCGGCAGAAGCUCAUCAGCUACUUCGCCUUGCAGCUGAGUCAGGACCGGGUCACCUGGCGGAGUGCUGACGAGCUCCCCUGGCUCCUCCAGCAGCAGGGAGGCAGCCAGGAGCUGCAGGACUGCCUGCGGAACCUCUCCGUGUCUCAGAACCUUUACAAACGAGGACACUUUGCUGAGCUGCUUAGUUACUGGCAGUUUGUGGGCAAAGACAAAAGCUCCAUGGCCGCAGAAUACUUCGAUUCACUGAAGCAGUACGAGAAGAACCGUCCUGGUGAGGAGAACAUGACCUGCUUAGCUGAUCUUUAUGAAACGCUGGGCCGAUUUCUCAAGGAUCUGGGCCUUCUCAGUCAGGCCGUGGUGCCUUUGCAACGGUCCCUAGAAAUCCGUGAGACAGCUUUGGAUCCAGACCACCCAAGAGUUGCUCAGUCUCUCCACCAACUAGCAAGUGUGUAUGUGCAAUGGAAGAAAUUUGGAAAUGCAGAACAACUAUACAAACAGGCAUUGGAAAUCUCAGAGAAUGCAUAUGGCGCCGACCACCCCCACACAGCUCGUGAACUUGAGGCGCUUGCAACCUUGUACCAGAAACAGAACAAAUAUGAACAAGCUGAACAUUUCAGGAAAAAGUCCUCUAAAAUUCGUCAGAAAGCUACAAGGAGAAAAAGCAACUUGUAUGGAUUUGCCCUUUUACGACGACGGGCCCUACAGUUAGAAGAGCUAACACUGGGCAAGGAUACACCGGACAACGCCCGGACCCUCAACGAGCUGGGUGUUCUCUACUACCUUCAAAAUAACCUGGAAACAGCCGAGCAGUUUCUGAGGCGCUCCUUAGAAAUGAGGGAGCGAGUCCUAGGGCCCGAGCACCCCGACUGUGCCCAGUCUCUGAACAACCUGGCAGCACUCUGCAAUGAAAAGAAGCAGUACGACAAAGCAGAAGAGCUGUAUGAGAGAGCUCUAGACCUUCGGAGGCGGGCACUAGCACCUGAUCACCCUUCUCUGGCCUAUACAGUGAAGCAUCUUGCAAUCUUGUAUAAGAAAAUGGGAAAACUUAACAAAGCUGUACCUCUGUAUGAACUGGCAGUUGAAAUACGGCAGAAAUCUUUUGGCUUAAAGCACCCUAGCGUGGCUACUGCCUUGGUGAAUUUAGCAGUUCUUUAUAGCCAAAUGAAAAAGCACACUGAAGCCUUGCCCUUAUAUGAACAAGCUUUAAAGAUUUAUGAAGCCAGCCUGGGCCGGAUGCAUCCUCGAGUUGGAGAAACUCUAAAGAACUUAGCUGUACUCAGUUAUGAAGAAGGAGAUUUUGAAAAGGCUGCCGAACUAUACAAAAGAGCCAUGGAAAUAAAAGAGUCAGAAACGUCCCUUUUGGGUGAAAAAGCUCCUUCAAGACAUUCGUCAAGUGGAGACACAUUCAGUCUAAAAACAACGCAUUCAGCUGGGCGAGGUGGCUCACACGUGCAAUCCUAAACUACUCUGGAGGCUGAGAGUGGGAGGAUCAAGUUUCAAGGCUAGCAUGUGAACAAAGAAGUCUGAGUGACCUCAUCACAACCAAUUAAAAGAGAGUGCUAUGCCUCCAAGGGAAAUAUAAAUAGGAAGACUGCAGUCCAGCCCAGCCUGGGUAAAAAAUGAGACCCUACUUGACAAAUAAUGAGAGCAGAAAAGUGCUGGAGCAUGUUACCGUGGGCCAGUGCAGGACCCUGAGAUCAGACCCAGUACAGCCUACCCCAUUUCAAAGAAAGAAAAAAAAACUCACAAAAACUUACUUUCCUGCUCUCCUUCCUCAAGGACAAAGAUAAUAGUGGAAACUACAAUCCUUUGCAACUAGACUUAAAAGGGUUAAAAAUAAAUAUUUGGAACGUUAGAAUUUAAAA